AUGAAACUAUCACAAGCCGCUAUCUGCGUCAUAGUAGCCUUCUUAGGGUUCGGCAAUGCCCUUCCUGAAACCUCUGCAAAAACCGCGAGGUGUGCCAUCGACCCUGUAAUUAUUAUUGGGGCCGGAAAGGCAGGUGCAGCAGCAACCCGAGAUUUGACCACAAGAGGGUGCAAGGUUGUGGUCGUGGAAGCGAGAGAUAGGGUGGGUGGACGUGCACACAUUAUCCAGGACUGGGGUUCUGGAUUUCCCUUGGAUACAGGUGGAACCUACAUCCACGGGGGUAGUGUGGACAACAGUGUCAGAUGGGUAGCAGAAAAAAAACUCGGUCUGAAAACAAUAGAAUCGGGCGGAGAUUCGGCGUAUAUCGGGCCUGAGGAUCGAAUGAAAUGGACGAAGGCCUCCAACGGCGAAGCUUAUACUGAAGGAGUGAUGGAGUUGGGCUGGGCGGCAUAUGAAGACUGGUGGGAAUGCGUAGCAAAGCUAGAAGCUGACCGAUUAGCUAAGGGGCAGCAAGAUGUGUCUCUCGCAUGGGCAACAAAUGAAGUGAUGAAUGGCUUCUUGAUGCGUGAUGAUACAUUCGUGAAAAUGGCAGAAAUGAACACAGACACCACAUACCUGUUAUUUAUACAUUUAAACAAGGUGUUCGAGGGAGACUGGGGGUUGCCACUGUCGCAGUUCAAGCUGUUCGGCUUUAAAGAUGAUUACCAUUGGAGGACAAUCGAAGAGGGGGACAGAGUAAUCGUAGGUGGUAUGCAACAAGUGCCUGCCGCACUACUGAAGGACAUUAAUCUUGUACUGAACUACAGAGUUACCCGUAUUGACUAUAUAGAUACGAAGAACCCGAUUAUAACCGUUGAAGGUACCAGCGGCGAAGAUAGGAAUAUUACAUCGGGAAUCACAAUCAUUUCCACUUUACCCUUAGAGAUCUUAACUGCUAGAGACGUAGAGUUUGUAGCACCAUUGCCUGCAAAUAAAAGGCUGUCGACAAAUCGCCGCGGCAUAGCAAGAUUAAAUAACCUCCAUCUGGAAUUUCCUUCCCGUUUCUGGGAAGAGGAUCUCGGAACAAUGACUCUUGUGCCACAGGAGAGCGAUCCACGCCAUGAUGCAUUCUUGGGCGAGUGGAUAUGGACCGGAAGUCUAUUACAGAUCAAAGGAAAACAUGAUUCGACUGAUGCUAAGUCCGAUACUUAUCAGCCCGCUUUGAGCUUCUUUUGGGCAUCAGAUGAUUACUGGCAUGAGUCACUCAGCGACAAAGAAUUGAAAAAUAUGGCACUGAAAAAACUCAUCAUGCGCUAUGGUAAAGAGAAUGUCCUCGAACCGACUUCGUACAUAGCUAGUCGAUGGAACACUGACCCCUAUACGAAAUUAGCUUAUUCUGGUCUCAGGUUGUACAGUACUAAAGAAGACUGGGAGAACCUGGCCGCUCCUAUUAAUAAUGCAUUGUUCUUUGCUGGUGAACACACUAAUCUAGAUGGUCGCUAUCAGACACUCGAUGGAGCGUAUGACUCAGGUAUCAGAGCAGCGAAGGAAGUGGCCGGUCUGACCGAAAACGGAUUGGGAAAGAUUGUGUCUGAAUGGGAGAAUCCGACUAAGAAGACCAAGUGA